AUGACAGAGUCCAUUAAUUUUCUGCUCACGGAACAAUCAUUCAUCAUCGACGCGAUCAAUCGCAGUUUGGUGAAUGUCAAGAAGCUGUCCAAAGCACAGACAACUGUAAUCAAACUGGAGAGCCGAUUGAAGAAGCUUCACGAUCAAUGGUCAUCGUGCAAGGCUAUUCAUGUGAGGAUUCUGCAUGCAGUCACGCCCAAGGAAAAAAGCGAACUUCCAUACUUCGUCAAGGAGAAAUUCUAUGCUGCGGAAGAAACGUAUGACGUCACCGUGGACCUGAUCAACGAAGCCAUCAAAAAGCUAACGCAGUCCACUCUGUUCGGCUGGAUACUCUCCGGACCAACAGGCCCCACGGAUGCAACUCAUCCUCCGGCUGACGUUCACAAUUGCGUCGUUGAAGACGACCUCGCUCCCGUCAUCCAACAAUUCUGGACAGACGAGACAAUUUCUGAUUCCAAGCCUCCGCUAACGGAGGACGAACAACGUUGUGAGCAACAUUUUGCUGCAACUCACAAGCGCGACGUACAUGGCCGCUACGUGGUACGAUUGCCGUUUAAGAAUGGCUCACCGCCGAGUAUAGGUGAAUCAUUUCAAAUCACUUCAGUGCUUCACGCCAAAUUAACAAAUCGGCUGUCACGACAGUCUGAAAUUAGAACGCUCUAUCAUGCGUUUUUAGCAGAUUACGAGGAGCUGGGUCACAUGACCCAGAUCAAACCCUCCACUUCUAAUCUUUCGGACGCGGCUUACAUACCGCAUCAUGCUGUCCUUCGCGAACACAGUACCACCACGAAACUACGCGUGGUGUUCAAUGCUUCCUGCCGUACAUCAAACGGCACUUCAUUAAACGACCAUCUUAUGAUCGGUCCAAAACUCCAACAAGAUUUAGCCGCAAUAGUUCUUCGCUGGCGAUUAUUUCAAUACGUGUACACAGCUGACAUAGCGAAAAUGUACAGACAAUCUCGGUCCAUCAUGAAGAUCGAGAUUAUCAGCGAAUACUCCAUGCGCGUAUUGCAACAACUAAACGAGGAGGACGGGCACGAGUUCCCCCUCGCACAAACGAUUUUUCGCGACUCAAUCUACGUUGAUGAUACUCUCUUCGGCGCGGAUGAAAUCUCCGACGCCAUCAAAACUCGAGAUCAACUCAUUGCGCUCAUGAAGCGUGGCCAGUUUGAUCUACGCAAAUGGACUGCAAACUCUUCGGAGUUGCUGGCAGACAUUCCGCUUGAUAGGCGGCAAUCGGAUCUCGCUAUUAAAAGCGAUGACUCACUGAAGGUGCUUGGGCUGUCUUGGUCGCCGCACACUGAUUCAUUCUGUUUUAAGAUCCUUGACGACGUUCAGAUUACGUUGCUAUGCGCUAAAACCAAGGUUGCGCCUCUUAAGACGCUCAGUAUCCCUAGACUUGAACUCAACGCAGCAGUUUUACUCAGUCGACUGAUUAAAUGGAUUUAUCGGUCUUUCAAUCUGUCAAACGUUCCUGUGUACGGUUGGACGGACUCCACUGUUACCCUAGCUUGGAUAACUCAACACCCUUCAAGGUGGCGUACUUAUGUCGCCACUCGCGUAUCGGAAAUCCAAACCACUCUUCCCACAAUUAAAUGGCAUCAUGUCAAAUCAGCUGAGAAUCCGGCAGAUUGCGCCUCGCGCGGCUUGUCUGCUACCGAAUUUAUGAAUCACUCUUUGUGGUUUUCUGGACCGUCCUGGCUCCGCACUCAUUCUUCGACGUGGCCAAUUCAAUCGACAAGCAAAGACAUAUCGAUUAACGCUUUACUGGAGGAAUCCUCCUCGGCGUCGGUGCAUCUUACCGACAAUGUCACUACAUGGAAUCUCCCGAACGACAUUUCAACAUGGACAAAAUUGAUACGGGUUACAGCAUAUCUAUUUCGAUUUGUAACCAAUUUACGCAACCGAUUACAGGGGACUUCAUUGAAUCUUUCGUCUUUAGAAGCGGCCGAACUCCAUCAUGCCGAACACUUUUGGCUUGAACAAGUUCAACGCCAACUGUUUUCUUCAGAAUUGUCAGCGUUAAAACGAAAAGUUUCUAUUUCAAAAUCAAGCCGACUAAGCUCGUUACGCCCAUUUCUUGGGCAAGAUCAAUUAAUACAUCUAGGUGGGCGGUUGAAGAACGCUCUGUUGCCCUAUUCGGAAUGUCACCCGAUCAUUCUGGCUGAUCAUCGAAUCGUACAGUUGCUGAUUGCUAAUGCACAUACGGCCGCCCUUCAUGGCGGCACUCAGUUAACGCUUCGCAUAUUACGGCAACGUUAUUGGAUAAUUUCCGCUCGUUCUCAGGUUAGAAAGUACAUUCGAAGCUGCAUUACUUGUGAGCGGCACCGAGCCGUCACCGCAGACCAACUCAUGGGUCAAUUGCCCGAACACAGAGUUGCGCCGUCCGCAUCGUUCACCUGCACCGGCGUUGAUUAUGCCGGACCAAUACCCUUGACCUUGCGGGCAGCGCGCGGUCAAAAGACCAUGAAGCACUACAUUGCAAUUUUUGUAUGCUUCACUACUAAGGCAAUUCAUCUCGAAUGUGUAGAUGAUUACUCGACAGAAGGUUUUCUCGCUGCCCUGUCUCGCUUUACAAGUCGACGUGGGCUUCCAUCCCACAUUUACAGUGAUAACGGCACGAACUUCAUAGGUGCCGACAAGGAGCUGCGAAAUGCUUUCCGCGUUAUUAUUCAGGAUCCUAUUCUGAAAAGUCAAAUUGCCAAUGACCGCAUUACCUGGCACUUCAACCCUCCGGCAGCACCGCACUUCGGCGGGGUAUGGGAAGCCAAUGUAAAAAACGUGAAGUAUCACUUGAAACGCGUAAUCG